GCCGGAGGGAAGGGAGGGGCGGAGCGUGCAGGCAGCGCUCUUUCCCCUACACGUUAACACUUGCGCCGAACCCAUCCCAAAAACUUCCUUGUUGUCCUACCUCCGAGCCUACCAAUGCUCUGCAGAAUCAUCGUAUGACUAGUUAUCCUUGUUUGCCAUCUAGUGGUCUUCUAUCCAGAGAGAAGCAUUUCUAUCUGAUAAGCACCUAGGCGCCUCUAGACAUCCACUCCUUUCCAACGCACCGAGCCACCUGCUAUCGCCACAGCUUCAAAACUGCCCUCGUGCUCAAUUUCCACAUCAGAAAAUCUACCUUCGGAGUCUCCUUCGAUCUUCUAGGUCCCAGCAUUCGGCUCACAUGUCACAAUAACAACAUUGUCACUAGCCCGGCAUGGCUCCUGUUCUUCGCUGCAUAUUGAUAUUUUCAGCUCUUAUCACUGCAACCAUCUCCGUUCCUACCAGCGAGUCCUACCCUCAUACCUCCCUCCAAAACAAAGGCGCUUUUGCCCCCCGGGAAAGGCCGACAGGGUCAUUUCGCAGGCUUCGAGACGCUAUCAUCGAACGAAUAUGGUCUGUUCCGAGCAGAUAUUCCUCCAAAUCCUCGUCCACAUCCAAGGCAGCAAGGGCCCCCGAAAACUUUCGUGCUCGCUACGGCGGUGACGUCGUCCUCCGCUUCCAAAUCAAGAGCGAAGAUGAGGCAAGGGCCAUUUCAGAAGCGGCGGAUAUCUUGUACUUGGACAUAUGGGAAUCAACUAACGAAUGGGUGGAUAUACGUAUAGCAAAGGAAGUGGUUCCCUCCUUUGUUGGGCUUCUACCGCCGUCCUUGCACGAUUCCUACGUUCCGUUGAUGCACGAUCUUGCCCGUGCCGUCUACGAUACAUACCCUGCCUCUCCUCUCGCCAACGAGAAGAUCUCGAGCCUCACAACCCCACAUGACUGGAGGGUGAAGGGCAACACGCCGCAUGAUCUGUUUUUCCAGGACUAUCAGCCGCUGUCGGUCCUGUAUCCCUGGCUUAGGCUUCUUGCCUCACUCUUCCCCACGCACGCUUCGCUCAUGAGUAUCGGCAAAUCAGCUGAGGGUCGCGACAUCCCGGCGUUGCGCAUUGGUGCGCAGGUGGAGAGUACCUCGACCGACUCGCAUGACUCCAAGCAUACACUGCUGAUAGUGGGCGGAAGCCAUGCUCGCGAAUGGAUUUCUGUCUCGACAGUGGCCUAUAUCGCCUACAGUCUCGUCACACGAUAUGGGCAUAUUCAGUUUCCCGAGGUCACCAAGAUCCUCAAUCACUUCGACUUGGUCUUCGUCCCCGUGCUGAACCCUGAUGGAUACGACUAUACCUGGACGUCCGACAGACUGUGGCGCAAGAAUCGACAAGCGACAUCUAUCCCGUUCUGCCCUGGUAUCGACCUCGACCGUGCCUUUCGAUUCGGAUGGGAUGGUUAUGGUAAUACGGACAACGCUUGCAGCGACGAUUAUGCCGGCCCGGGACCAUUGGCUGCAGUCGAAGCUCAAACGUUGACAGACUGGGCUCGAAACUUGACAGCAAACAAUAACGUCACCUUUGUGUCAUAUCUAGACUUCCACUCCUACUCUCAGCAAGUGCUCUACCCGUACAGCUACACUUGCGACACAGAACCACCAAAUCUGGAAGACCUGGAAGAGGUUGCUCUUGGGAUUGCGAAGUCAUUCCGGUUGACCAGCGGGCAUUUCUAUGGAGUGGAAAGCGCCUGUCAAGGUAGCAUGGUCUUCCAGGAUCGAGAGAGAACACCCCGAGUUCAGAUUGAGCCACAAGGUGGGUCGGCCUUGGAUUUCUUCUACCAUGAUCUGGACGUGAAACUCGCAUUUCAAAUCAAGCUGAGAGAUACUGGAACAUAUGGGUUCCUGCUGCCGAGGUCACACAUUCUUCCCACGGGCCAAGAGGCUUAUGAGGGCGUGGUUGGUCUGGGACGAUGGAUGUUGGGCAAUCACGGCAUUGAGCGAAAUCAGGAUUUGCAUUCGGUUUGGGGGAGUGAAGAUUUGACCGAUGAUCAGAAUGCAGAUAUCUUGGACGACCAUGAAAUGGCAGUCGCACACGAGGAAGAGGAUGACGACUUUGACGAGAAUGAUUUUGAACUAAAACGGCGACGGCGUCGGUAAUUCUGCUCUGACAAGCGCGGGCGGCGAAAUUGAGGGCGUUUUUGGAGCUCGGGAGGAAUGCAUCCAUGCCGAUUGAUGUUUUCAUGACCUGGCACGAUGCCUUGGAUGUACGAACAUGGGUCAAGCUCGAGGCACCUGCUGCUGGGCCAUAUACAAGCAAAGUGUAAAACCCUGGACGCGUCGAGGUCCAUGCUAUAUAACAGUUAACAAGGACUCUGUGAAGCACUCCUUCUGUUGAUGGAAAAUACAGAGUACGAAGAGGGCCUUGGAUUACUCGCAACCGCCCACGGCAGCAGCAAAAGUUAGUUAUGUCGACGGCAAUGAGACGUACAUCCGUAGCUCUUGACGGCUGAAAGUCCGAUUGGAACUGGAGAGAGAUGAAAUGACGAAAACCAUCACCAGCAACGGGGACCACGAGGCCAGCAUGCCUGGCCAGGACUAAAAGCACGCCCCCUCGGCAAGCAGGGUCAAAUUGAGGGCCCUUUUCU